AUGGAGAAAUCAACUUUUGUUCUUGUGGUGAUUUCGUUUGGUCUCCUCUUCGCUUGUCAUGUCAUUGAAGCCACGGAGAAGAACCUUGAAGAUGAGACCAGUGGUUCGCUCUGGUCUAGACCAUUGCUUAGGGCUGAUCCACCAUCACAAGGUCCACAUAAGCCAGCUAUGAUCAGCUCCAAGCUGUUGUCACCAUCACAACGCGUAUUUUUCAGUAUGUUACCAAAAAACGUUCCAAUUCCACCAUCGGCACCUAGCAGAGGAGAAACUCCUUGGGCACCACCUCACUUUGUUGUGUGA